UGACGUUCUUCCGGUUCUCCCUCGGGGGAGGAAAGUGAGGUUAGGUGUCGCAGGGUUGACGAUUUAUUUCAAUUUAUUUAUUUAUCUUUUUACCUUUUUUUUUCCUCUUCGUGAUGGAGAAAUACUCGCGAGAUCGCAGUGGAUAUAAAUCAAGGAAGGAACGUGACGACUACAGAGGUGAAGAUCGAGCGUCGCGAAGAACCAGCGAUCGCACGGAGCACCGAUCCGGAGCAACCGAUUCGAAAUCGAAACACGAUCGCUCCAGGAGAAGAUCCAGCGAGAAGCAUAAAAAAUCGAGAGACGAGUCUCGCUCGCGUCGCGAAUCGCGGAAGUCCUCUAAGCGUAAGAAUCGAAAGAGGGAAUCAUCUUCACCAUCAACAUCUUCAGAUUCGAGCAAAUCCAGCGAUGGCUCAUCUACGGAUUCAUCCUCAGACUCCACAAAGUUACUGGAGAAACUUCAGAAGCAACGGCAGAAGCAAGUAGAGGAUCGUAAACGACAGAAGGAACUGAUGAAGGCGACGGAGACGCCAGAAGAGAAACGUCUGCGUCGCCUGAAGAAGAAGGAAGCCAAGGAACGUAGACGUAAAGAGAGAAUGGGUUGGGACAACGACUACUUACAUUAUACAAAUACAGAUAAUCCAUUUGGUGAUGGCAAUAUCCUGUCUACUUUUGUAUGGUCGAAAAAGUUGGGGAAGGAGGGCCUACUUGGUGUAGGCAGAGAAGAAUUGGAGAUUCGUAACAGACAUAAACAGGAGGAGACUAAGAGAGAGCUGGAGAAGGUGAAGAAGAGGAGGCAAGAGAGAGAACUAGAACGACAGCAGAGGGAAGAAGAAAUGACGAUGUUGCAGAGAGGCAAGGAGGCCGCUCAGCUAGAGCAGUGGGCUCGGCAGGAAGAUCAGUUCCACCUUGAGCAAGCCAGAUUGAGAUCUCGCAUUAGGAUUCAGGAUGGCCGUGCGAAACCCAUCGAUCUUCUCGCGAAAUACAUAAGUGCGGAGGAAGAGGUUGAUGCAGUGGAAAUGCACGAGCCGUAUACAUACUUACGAGGUCUGCAUGUGAAAGACUUGGAGGAUCUUAUAGAGGACAUAAAGGUUUAUAAAGAAUUGGAGAGAGGCAAGAAUUUAGAUUAUUGGAAUGACAUAACGGUGAUCGUGGAGGAUGAGUUGCACAAACUCAGAAAAUUGGAACGAACAGAAUAUGAAGUUGCUGUUGGUAGAAGAGAAGGAAUCCACGAGUCGGUCGCUAAAGAUGUCACGGCUAUUUUUAAGGGUAAAACUGCAACGCAAUUGGAAGCUUUGCAAUUGCAGAUUCAAGCAAAAAUUACAGGCAAGCCAGAAGGUGUUGAUAUUGGAUAUUGGGAAAGUCUUUUGUCUCAGUUAAAAGCUCACAUGGCGAGGGCGCGGCUUAGAGAUCGACAUCAGGAGAACUUGCGUAAAAAAUUGGAGGUUCUCAUCGCCGAGCAAGGUGUAGCCAGAACGGAAAAUGAAUCCGAAGGCUCGCAAGCACAGGAGAACGAGUCUACUGUAAGGCAAGAUGAACCUUCUUCCAGUACAGCUGUUGAAAAAAAUGAAAAUAGUCAUUCUGAUGAUGAUCAAGAAGAGACAAGCGCCGCUGACGAUCUGUUGUCCGAAUCCUUCCGCGAGUACGAAACUGGUGGCUACUCGCCAACUUAUAUACCUUACUCGCAGCUCGAGCCGGGCACACUCGUCACGCAGGAAGACGAGGAUAAUCAGCGAUUAGAGUACGCAAGGCAGCAAGUCCUCAACACUGGCAGAAAAAUUCAGAACGUGCUGACGAUUGAGGAGCAGGCCAUGCACCGGGAGGCACGCAAGGGCAUGGGCUCGGACGAGGCGCAGUUCAGUGUCGAAUCAUCGUUGGAAGCGCAGAUCUACUUGUGGUCCGACAAGUACCGACCGCGUAAACCGCGCUACUUCAACCGUGUGCACACAGGUUUCGAGUGGAAUAAAUACAAUCAGACGCAUUACGACAUGGAUAAUCCGCCGCCGAAGAUCGUACAAGGAUAUAAAUUCAACAUUUUCUAUCCGGACCUCAUCGAUAAAAAUACCACGCCGGAAUACUUUCUUACACCCUGCACUGACAAUAAAGAUUUCGCCAUCCUACGAUUUCACGCAGGCCCGCCUUACGAGGACAUUGCAUUCAAAAUUGUCAAUCGAGAAUGGGAGUACUCAUAUAAGCGUGGAUUUAGAUGUCAGUUCCAUAACAACAUCUUCCAACUAUGGUUUCACUUUAAAAGAUAUAGAUAUCGUCGUUAACAUAUGUAUAUAUUGUUAUAUAACUACAAUUUUAUAGACUUGU